AGAGCAUAGGAGCGGCUAUCCAUGAGGCACCGAACCAGGUUCAAAGGUCUUUUUGGAGAAAGAACAUGGAAUUAGCAGCUCGAUCGAAACCUGUGGCUCAUCUGUGAAUCUUCCAAAACACACUUCUGUUGUUCACACCGACUUCGUCUCCAGGCUACAUUGAGAGAAAGAAACGCUGCAGACUUAGUCUGAGCGUUAGCAUCUCCUAUGAAGCCCGUCUUUCCCAGACUCCACAGAGACGGUAGAUGUCCCCUUAAAAGAUGGUGACUCUCUGAGAAACUGGACCACUUAGUACAAGAAAAUUUCUCUGCUUCUCUCCAGUUCACAUCUGGCUGAAGUCCACAAUUCUCAGCAUCAGGAGAAUAUGCAAGUGUUACUCAGGCUUGCUUGUUUCAUAGUUCUCAUGAUGUCGCCUCUCAAGGCUGAUCAAUGCCACGAAUCUGAAGACCAAGUAGUUUCAAUUUUUGCCGCAAAUGAAAUUUUUGCUCGUUUGUGUAAUGCACGGCUUAAAGACAAAAACACUACGAUUUGGUAUAAAAAUGACAGCAAGACACGUGUAUCCAUGGAAGUAGACUCAAGGAUUCAUCAGUUUGAAGAUAAACUUUGGUUUGUUCCUGGUAAGGUAGAGGACUCAGGACAGUACUAUUGUAUAGAAAGAAAUUCAACUUAUUGCCUCAAACAAAAAAUAACUGUGAAAUUUGUGAAGAAUGAACCUAACUUGUGUUAUAACUCAGAGGCUCUGUUUCCACAGAGAUUAUUCAUUGGGCAAAAUGGACUGCUUGCAUGCCCUACACUGGAUUUAUUUAAAGAUGAAAACAAUGAGUUCCCCAGAAUACAGUGGUAUAAGGAUUGCAAGCCGUUAUUUCUUGACAACAUAAGACAUAUUGGAGAAGCAGAUAAACUCUUCAUUAUGAAUGUCACGAAAGAACACAAAGGGAGAUAUUCUUGCCGUACAUCAUACGUGUACUUGGGAAAGCAGCAUCAUAUUUCCCGUGUAAUAGAUCUCACUCCUGCAAAGAAAACUGCCAACCAACACCGCGAGCCUGUAAUUAUGAAGCCAGCUAAUGAGACGCUGGAAGUGGAACUGGGAUCCUACACACAAUUGAUCUGCAAUGUCACUGGCCUGGCUAAUGCAUACUGGAGCUGGAAUGGAUCAAACAUUGAUGAAAAUGAUACAGCGUUAGUAGAAGACUUUAUUACAGUGAAAAAUCAUCACACAAACACUCGAAUAUUGAUCGUAAUGCUCAAUAUUUCACAAGUAGAAAGUAAAUUUUAUCUAUACCCAUUUGUCUGCGAAGCCGCAAAUUGGUUUGGCAAAAGUGCAGCAUACGUCCAGUUGAUACAUCCAGUCCGUGAUUUCCAGAGUUACAUAAUUGGGAUAUUUUCCAUAUUAACAGUAGUGAUUAUGUGCUCCAUUUUCAUCUAUAAAAUCUUCAAGGUUGAUAUUGUUCUGUGGUACAGGGAUUGCUGUUAUGAUUUUUUCCCGGCUGAAGCUUCCGAUGGAAAGAUCUACGAUGCAUAUAUAUUGUAUCCAAAGACCGUUGAGAAAGAAUCUGCCUCCAACUCAGAUAUUUUCGUGUUUAAAAUCUUGCCUGAAGUCUUGGAAAAACAGUGUGGAUAUAGCCUAUUCAUUUAUGGGAGGGAUGAUUAUGUUGGGGAAGAUAUUGUUGAGGUCAUGGAUGAACACAUCAAGAAAAGCAGAAGGCUGAUUAUCAUUUUGGUCCGAGAUACAUUGGGAUUCAGCUUCCUGGGGGAUACCUCUGAAGAACAGAUAGCUAUGUAUAACGCUCUCAUUCACAACGGAAUUAAAGUAAUCCUGCUGGAGCUGGAGAAAAUCCAAGACUACGAGAAAAUGUCCGAAUCAAUUAAAUUCAUUAAGCAGAAACAGAAGACCAUCAGAUGGUCAGGGGACUUUACAGAGAAGUCACAGUCGGCUAAGACAAGGUUCUGGAAAAAUGUAAGGUACUACAUGCCAGCUCAAAAGAAGGCCCCUUCAUCCUCACACCUCAGGUCUCGAGCCUUGAACUGGAACUCCACAGAAUUAUUUGAAAGAGAGGUCCAUGUUCCGCUGGGGUAGCGUGGAGAAACUUGGGUCACGAGUUCUUUGGGUGGCUCAUGUCUAAACGUACCCUAGGCUGGUCUGUGCUUCCUGUCCCAGAGAGGACCUGGGUCCUUUCCCCCACGCGGUUACCUAGAAUCGGAUGACUACAGAGCAUGAUGGGACAUUGGCAGGCCAGGACAAGGAAAGGAGAGCGUUUGGGACCAUCUUUUAAAAAGGCACGAGCUGAUGUGACGGUUCGCUCAAAGCUUGAACUGUUGAGAAAAGGCCCUGGGACAGCACACGCAUGAAGGGAACACGCAGUGAACUGUCAUCAUCGGAGAAGGUGUCCCAAGGGUUUGGAUGUGGGGCCUUGCUGGGAACUGGGAGGCGUGCCCCACCCACUCCAUCGAGCGACUGCCCCGGGCAGUGCUACAGGACUGUCUGGCUGAUUUCACAGAGGAAGGCAGAAUUAUUUAUUCUUGGUAAACUACAUGUGCCUUGCAUUUUCUAUGCACACACACAGCUAGCAGUCAUUUCCCACAGAAUGCCAUUUCAUAGACCAUUAAAACUGUCAUUUCAAUGGACAACAGGAUGCUUCAGGAUGCUCAGGUUUUGAAAUAACCGUAGCUCUUUGAAGGAGAGAGUAUUUUUAAAGCAAUUGGCAACAGAGAGCUAAUUUACCUCUUUAUGUUUUCCUCCCUGGAAUGAACACUUUGUUCCUCUCUAUCUCCCUGCAUGUAUUGGACUCAUUUCUUCUUUGAAAGGACAACUACUACGAGAACUGUUUCGUCCCUGCACGCUCUGUCACACACAGCCCACAGAUCAACCACCGAUAAAACACGGCUUCCAGCUCAUUAUGCUCCGGCGAACACAAGCAAGCCAAAACAGGGCUCCUGGCUUAUGAGCUCAGUUCCUCCCAGGAGCAUUUCAACCCUCUCCUCCCACGGGCCGGCUCCUGAGUGUCCUCAUGGCUUCCCUUCACGCUCUCAGUGAGCAAACUCCGAGCUCAGCCUACGACCCCUUCAGGCCUGGCAUCUCCUCCAUCUGCUCUCGCUCUGCCUUUCUGCCAGGUGUUUUCUGUCUAGAAUGCCUUCCCUCAUUUUCUCCAGCUCAGAAUGUAUGCCCAAGAGACUGUCCAUGGGAGCCAGUGCUGAAAUGCUCUUUCCUCUUGAUCUGACUCUGCUUCCUGUUCCUGGUCACUUUCUGAGAAAGUGUACUCUUUCUACAGCCCGCAGCUGUGCCCUCUGGGGGCAAGGCUUUCUGUGAGUGCCUCUGACUCUGAGUGCCUUCCACAAGUCAUUUGCACAGACUACGUUUAUUUGCAUAGUAUUAUAUUUUUAUAAGACCUCAGAUUAUAUUACUUUUUGCAAUUCUAAUUUUGUAGAAAGAAUAUGUGACCUAGUUUUUUUGUUGAUUUUUUUUUUUUAAUAAUGCACUUAGCACUACUGGGCUGAGGGCUGGGGCCUCAGUUUCUGGCCGAUAACCCAGUGCUUUGAGUACUUGAUGUUGGGUCCUUAGAUGCCCCCACCUUGGAUGGGCAAUUGUGUGAGAAGAAAUGAUAAUUCUGGAAAGAGGUAGCAACAUUGAGGAGUACUUUUAUUUAAGAAGCCUCAUCCCACAUCUUGAAUAUUGGCAUUUUCGAAAAUGAUGCUUAGACUUUAUGCAUUUUUUUCCUAUCCUCAUACAUUUUUUUUUACCCAAAAGUAAAUACCCCUUAGUAAAAUAAAAAUGAAAACCAUUUAUUUAUUUAUUUAUUUGAUCAGACAGACUAUAAAAACAUAUUUUACAAAAUUGAAGAUCAGUCCUCAGGGUUAGUAACUAUCAGACCUGGAGAAGCAGCGCUCCGGGGUUUCUGUGCCAGGAUCAGAUGCACACGGGCAUGCUUACAAAAGCGGUGUGAACCAGGCGGUGAAGUUGUCUGCUGUGCAUAUUCUUACUAUCUGAGAGUAGAUAUUGAUACCGCGGUUGCAACCCUGGACUCACAGAGAGCCACCACCACGGAGAGGAUGGCACAGGCCUGGACAACGUCUCCAUAUGUUCUAUGUGUUGUCACCAUGAGUCGGGGUGGACUCAACAGAACCUAACAAGGACACUAAGAAAUAUCUAAUGGUAUGAGUGAACACAAAAUUUUAUUUGGAAGAAAAUGAUAUCCUUUUUGUCCCCCUUCCAGAGCAGUCAGAGCUAGACAAACACACAGACUAGAAUGUUCCGAAUCUCUCCGUCUUCUCUUGGUUGCAGUUAGACAGCACUGGGUUGUGCUGCUGUGUUGGGGAGGUCUUUUUCAAAGGACGUGCCUUGUUUCCCUGUGGCAGCAUCCACAGAUGGCAGUCCAGUUGGAGAGAGUCAGGUUCCAGCAGUACCUUUAAGGUGCUGCAGAUAUAGAAUGCAGCUGAUGGCUUUGUGGGUGCCAUUGAAUAAGGUGCAAUGGCGUGAAUAGGAGCUAGAAAGCCGGUUCGUCAUUCAGAACUAGAGAAAAAAUUGGCCAGGAGGUAAGGGGCGGAAGUGGUGGUGGUGGUUGAUGGGAAGCAACACGAGUUAUAAUUGGAUUUCACCUGGAACUAAGGGAGGGACAAGAAUCUACUGAUCACUGUGGGUGGAGGAGGCUCCCAAACAGGAAAUUGAAAUGACACACCCUUAGGACAGGGAGGAUUCCAGAGGAAGAAUCUGCACACCCCAAUCCAAAUGAACUUCCUGUGACAUUUUGUUUUCGCUAAAAUCUCUUUCCGCUCUCCUUGUCAGUGAGGCUGUACUGCACUUUGUGAGAGCCAUUUUCAAAAUUCAGCUUUAAGUAUUUUUUAGAAAGCUUGUCAUUGCAACAGAUUCUUUAAUUACCAGUUGUUAGAACUGGUUUAGCAUCGCUGAUAUUUUUCCUCCUAUUUCAUCAUAUCUUAUAUUUGCAACAAAAAGAAGGUAUUGAGCCAUUUUUAAUGACAUUUUGGAUAAAUUAUGUUUGCACUGGUUCAUGAUGAAGGGUUUUGUUUGUUAGUUUUGUUUCUGUCUUUAUUUUUAACAUUUUGUAUAAUUCUGCAGCAAAUGCCAAAUAGUUUUCGAUAUUGAAACACCAGAUUCGUGCACAUCGUAUAUCAUUCAUCAAUGUACUAUACUUGUUUUCCAAUAAAAUUGCUGAAACCUAA